AUGACAAGCUGUGAGACAUGUGACGCUGGAUUGAUACCAAACUCUGACAAAACAGCCUGUGAGUCAUGUCCAGCUGGAAGCUACAAGAACAUUGACAUGAACACGUGUAAAGAAUGUCCUGAUAACACGAUCAGUUCAGAAGGAGCAGCCUUGUGUACAACUUGUGAGAGAACAAAAUGUGAGCCGUGUGGAGAAGGAACAUAUCGGAAUGAUGCUAUGACAAGCUGUGAGACAUGUGACGCUGGAUUGACACCAAACUCUGACAAAACAGCCUGUGAGCCAUGUCCAGCUGGAAGCUACAAGAACAUUGGCAUGAACACAUGUAAAGAAUGUCCUGAUAACACGAUCAGUUCAGAAGGAGCAGCCUUGUGUACGACUUGUGGACCUGGCCAGGAACAAAACUUAGGGAGGACUGCGUGUGCUGAGUGUCCAGCUGGAAGCUACAAGAACAAAGAUAUGACAAGCUGUGAGACAUGUGAAACAGGAUGGACACCAAACACUGACAAAACUGCCUGUGUAACAUGCCCAGCUGGGCAGUAUAAAACUUGCAGCAUGAUAACAUGUGAACUGUGCCCUCCGGGAACGUUCAGAUCAGCUGACAUGGAUGCAACCAAGUGUGUCUCUUGUACGGGAAACAUGAUUAGUCCUAAAGAGGGAGCUAUUUUCUGUAGACAAUGUGAUGAUAAUAUAUUGGCAAACUCAGAUAAAACUCAAUGUGAUAUCUGUGCACCUGGGUGGUAUUCUCGCAAUGGAGGAAAAGAGCCUAGCUGCCUGAGAUGUGAUCCCUCUGAAUACCAACCAUAUCCUCAACAAACCCGAUGUUUAGCCUGCGCUGGAUCUGUGAAUAGGGAAAAGACAGCUUGCUUGCCUGUAAGUGCCAAUUUCAGGUGUGGGCCUAUUUCCAUCACACUACCGUGGUUGAAUAAGGGAUCACCUAUAGAAUUUGCAGAAACCUGGGCAGGAAACAGAAGCUCAGUUAACUGUCCUGGAGAUUCAUACAAGAAACUUUACAAAGAGUGCACUGUAGAAGGAUAUUGGGAUGAUAACACUGACACCGAUGAAUGUGAUUCCCCACUGUCAUCUUGCUUGCAAUCAGUACUUGAAGUUGAAAGUGACUUGAAUGCAGACAAAGUACACGAUCUCAACAAGGAACUGAACUGUGUUGCUGAAGCGGGAGCAGACAUUAUACUGUCCCCCAGAGACACUCAUGAAAUUGUUGAUCUUCUUUCGAAAUUAACCAAACAUCCUACUUCUGAGGUGAACGAGCUAAGUUUGGUCAUGAUAAGGUCAAUGGAACAUUUGAGGAGGGGAGAAUCUAAAUUUUUGAAGGAAUCGGAGAAAUCAGAGAUAAUAAAGAUUUUGGAAACUGUAUCCAAGUCCAAUACAGAAGAUAACAUAAUAACAACGGACUCGAUUGUAUUGCAAUCAGUCACUCCGACCAUGUCUAAAGAAAAACCUGCCAUUAACCUGACAGCUCCGGAAACUGUCCCAGCAGACGAUCUUCCCAUCAUGCUAGAUUUCGGAAACCAACGAGGACAAAAAAUAAAUGUGGCGGUCAUGGAUGAAUCCUAUAAAAAAAUGCUGCCGAAACCAACAACUCCAAAUAGCACUUUGGGCUCUCCAAUAGUCAACACAGGGAACAGUAAACAACCUAAUUUCGUUAAUUCAGAAUUCAACCCUAGGCAGCGGGAACGAACUUUUAACUGA